AUGGGUUGCUGGCACUCUCUUCUGAUUUGGUCCGUGCUUGGACCAGUUGUGCGGUCUGCGAAUCUGACUUCUCAUGUAGAUUUAUUUUUGGGCACGCAAAAUGGCGGCAACGACUUCCCUGGCGCUGCGCGUCCUUUUGGUAUGGUGAAACUGGGCCCUGACCUCUAUGUCUCUGGGACAGACGCCUACUCCGGCUAUCUGCCCAAUGGCGAGUUCUCCGGGUUCAGUAUGAUGCACGAACAGGGCACAGGCGGUGCACCCAAGUACGGCACAGUCUCGCAGCUGCCGCUUACAGGGCACAUCACCAACCCGCUCUCCAACAUCACUGUGGGCCGUACAGGCACGGACAAAGCGGCGGUGGGUUAUUACCAAGCUCAGACCUCCGAGGGGACGGUGGUGCAAUUGAGCGCGUCCGCCCACGCGGGAAUCUACCGUUAUACCUUCCCUCUGGGCUCUAUAGCAAACGUCCUCAUUGAUGUUUCGCAUGUCUUGCCGUCCUAUAGAGGGAUGGGACUGAGUCAGGGCUAUAAAGGCGGCAACAUCACUGUCUUCCCGGACGGGCAUUAUGAAGGUCAUGGUGUUUAUGACAAUGGCUGGAACCGUUCACCUGACUGGUCGAUCUAUUUCUGUAUACCAGGUGGUUACUUCGAUGCUGCUCCUGUCAGUAAUCGAACCUAUGUGGGGACGGAUGCAGAUGGCAGUUUUCGACAGAACAGUGGCUUUGCGUCGUCUAGCUCAGGCUCGACUCGCGUUGGGGCGGUGUACACAUUCCAGGAUACCUCUGUGACAUCACGAGUAGGAAUAUCUUGGAUCAGCACCGAACAGGCCUGCAGGAACGUCAAUGAUGAAAUACCGGAAGACAAAGAUUUCGUUUCUGUCGUCGCUGAAGCUCAAGAGGAAUGGGAGUCCAAGGUCUUGUCCAAGGUGACAACCAGCAACACCAAUGAAACAACUCUCAAGCUACUAUAUACAUCGCUUUAUUUCAUGCACUUGAUCCCAACUAACCAAACGGGCGAGAACCCUGGAUGGUCGUCCUCGGAACCCUACUAUCAGGACAUAUUCACAUUUUGGGAUCUCUUCCGCUGCUCAACUGCCCUUAUGCAAAUUUUGCAGCCAACUGCCUACGAGGAGCAAAUACGGUCACUUAUCGAUAUCUGGCGCUUCGAAGGCUACAUGCCGGACGCUCGCUCUUCCAAUUAUAACGGGCGCACUCAAGGAGGCUCCAAUGCCGAUAACAUCCUUGCAGAUGCUUAUGUCAAAGGGGUACGUGGCGCGGUGAAUUGGGAAGAUGGAUACAAGGCGAUGGUCAAAGAUGCGGAAGUGACGCCUGCCAAUUCCCCGGUCGAUCCCCAGGCUCCUGACUCCUCGACUAAGGAGGGUCGAGGUGCGUUACCGGACUGGCUCCGCUUAGGGUUCAUCACACCCAGAUACUCCCGAUCGGUCACACGGGCAGUGGAAUAUUCCUGUAAUGACUUUGGUCUAUACCAGGUUGCCUCGGGGUUGGGGAAGGAGGAAGAUGCGACGAAGUAUCUGAACCGGUCGCGCAACUGGCGCAACCACUGGAAUCCCGAGCAGACCUCGCUUGGGUUCUCUGGUUUCGUGGUUCCUCGCAAUGAGACAGGUUUCAUGGAGACCGAUCCCUUGGGCGACAGUGGCUACUGGGGCGAUCCUUAUUAUGAGGCCAGCAGCUGGGCAUACUCUUUGAAUGCCAUCCAUGAUAUGGAGAAGAUGAUUGAGUGGAUGGGAGGGAAUGAAACCGUACAGAAACGGCUUGACACCAUGUUUACCGACGGGGCCAGUGGUUCCAGUGGUAUCAUUUUUGAUCCAACGAACGAACCCAUGUUCAAUGUCCCCUACCUAUAUCAUUAUAUCGGCCAACAAGAUCUGUCCGUUGCACGGUCGCGCAGUGUCGCUAAAUCGUACUAUGGUACGAGUGCGUCAGGUCUUCCUGGAAAUAGUGACGCGGGUGCUAUGCAGACUUGGAUACUAUGGAACAUGAUUGGGCUGUACCCUAUUACUGGGCAGUCGACUUUCUUGAUCCAUUCCCCUUGGUUUGAGUCCCUUACCAUCGACCUUGGAGAGGGAAAGACAUUGAGUGUCACUGCCACUGGCGGUGACGGCAAUGGCGGAGGAGAUAUUUAUGUGCAGUCGCUCAAGUUGAAUGGGAAAGACUGGAAGAAGAACUGGUUGGCGUGGGAGGACAUAUUCGCUGAAGGUGGAACGCUGGACUUUGAACUUGGGCAGACGGCAAGUGGCUGGUUCACUGGCGAAUUGCCCCCAAGUCCAGCUUCGUAA